AUGGAGCCGAUUCAACCGCCGCGUAAUAUCCUCAUCGCCGGUGCAGGCAUCGCUGGUAUCGCCUGUGCCCUAGCUUUGUCCCGAGAGUUGUCACCAUUUGUGCCCGACUUGAAGAUCACAGUUUACGAGCGACACGACGUACUCUCCACAUCCGGCGGUGCUAUCAAUCUCACGCCUGUCGCCCAGCGCCAUCUUGCUCAGCUGGGGGUUCUCGAUGAGUUGGAUCGCAUGGGAGCUGACGGGGGCGCCGAUGUGGAUGCUAUCGAGCUGUUCUCCAUGCGUUCCGGCCGAUCUAUCGGCUCCAUCGACUUCACGGAUCACAAUGGCAACGGAUUUGGGGGAUACAAGGGCCGACGAGUGAUGCGCAUUAUUCUUUCAGUUGCGAUGUUGACUGUGGUGGAGCGAACGCGCAAUGUUGAGAUUAUCUUUGGCAAGAAAAUCGUGAAAGGCGAGGAGGACGAUGACACAGCUACUCUGCAUUUCCAAGAUGGAACAAAAGCCGUUGGUGAUCUGAUCAUUGGCUGUGAUGGUGUUCACUCUGCUGUUCGGACAAACUUCGUCGACCCUGAUCGACAGUCAGAAUAUACAGGAAUCUCAUUCCUGCAGGCCUCAAUUCAGACCGAUACUAUUUCAUCACGCAUCCAUUUCCGAUCUUCAGCAUUGAACAUCUCGCGACAUGGCUCAAUGUUGACUAGCUAUUGCGACCGUGAUAAUGAUCAAAUCUUCGCUGCUGCCAUCGUCCAGUUCGGCCAGGAAGCUUUGAGUCGCUAUCGGAUAGAGCCCGGCCAAGAUUGGGCUACGCAGAACAGGAUUCGAUGUGCUCUCCGGGAGGAGAUGAGAGAUCGCUUUGGCAAAUCUGCCAUGCCUUGCAUUCGGGAAAUGAUCGAGAGCAAGGCGGACUGGAUGCUCUACCCCGUUUUCCAAGUCCGCCCAGGAGGGCGUUGGUGCACCGAGCGAUCGAUUCUGCUAGGUGACGCAGCACAUGCAAUGCCUCCACGUGAUGAGUCCGCUGCGUAUGCGUUGGACGACGCCAUCUUGUUUGCUCGGAUUCUAGUUCGCUAUCGCUCAGAACCCUUGUCAGAGGUCUUCGACGCAUACGAAACUCUUCGUCGUGACACAAUCAAUCGUGCAUUCAAGGAGUCCCACCGCAUGUGGGAUCGAAACAGAGACAUGGGCCUGUUAGAAGGAAGACUCAAGGAGUGGACGAUGCCUUUGUUCCUCCGGAACAAUCGCGAUCAGCGGGAAGCAGCAUGGCAAUUUGAUGCAGCUAAAAUUGCACUUCCCACACCAGCUCCCAGUGAAGAUUUAGUAUCACUCAACUCUUUUUUGAAAGAUCAAGCCCCAUGA